CCAGCUUAGUGACAUCGCGCGCUUGAUGGUACUAAGAGAGGUCACAAGCAUCGCUGGCAAGUCUCGGUGGAGCCCAACCAGUGGGACGCUUGCCCGGUCCUGCUCGACACACAGAACUGCUUGUCUGGAAAGUGCAGUUCAGUAAACACACACACACACACACACACACACACACACACACACACGCAUCAAACUUUAGAAAGGAAAAAAGCCCACAUGUGGAGAGAGAGAGAGAGUUGUGGGAGGAAGCAGUAGGCGCGGUGCUGGCUUUUCUUAGAUUCACUCUGCAAAAGUUGUAGCCCGAGGAAAACUUCCAGGUCACCGUUGGGAGCCUCACGAGCGCUCUGUGGUUUGUCAAGCGGGCGGGCCUGGAGCGUGUGCGCCACCCACCGCCGCCCCCGGAGGCCGCCCAGUCCCGCCCCAGGGUCAGGGCGCUGCCGGCGGGCGGGAGGGGGUGGGACAGGCGGGAGACCGGGUUCGGUCAGUCCCACGCCCUGCCUCGGGAGUUCGCUCUGGUCCGCGACGUGAGCGUGGGGAGCGAGUCUCGGGAAGUUACCCUCAUCCCGUCCUCGAAGUACCUUCAGCUCGAAAGCUGAAGGCAGAUUUUUCCUAGAGAUAACAAAGACACUUUGUCACUUUGCGCGCUGCCUCGGUGCAAAUCUUUAAUUGCAAGUGGGGGUGGGGGAUCGAGUGUCCCGAGCAACCCAAGCCCGAGUCUCCAGGCGGCAAGGCCCCCUUUGAUCAGGAAAAUCCAAUUAUUUGUGUAUAUACAUUUCCCACAUAGUGAUUACUUCAUUAAUUGUCCCGCCUUUAUCUCCUCCCUUCCCAUCCCCCCUAAUAAUCAGUUCUUUUAUCCAGACCAACAAACACACCAUAGGAGCUUUGUGGAUUCAAAGGAUUUGCUUUCGCUUCUGAAAGAGCCGCUAUUCUUUGAUGAUUGGGUAGCGGCAAACUUCAAAGCCAUAAAUCUUCCCUCUGACUGGCUGGCGGCCCAGCAAAGCCCUUAUCAAAUUCUUGGAGGUGAUCCUGAAGCGCUCAGACCGCGCGCGGGGCGAGCGAGCCGGGCGCGGGCGGGGACGGCUCGAAGGCACGCUGGGCGGCCGCUCGUCCUCGCCCGCGGGUGUCCAUGCCUCGGCGGCCGCGUCCCGCUCCACGGCCAGCGGCCUCCACGCAGUAGCCAUGGCCGCCGUGGCGGUCCUCCGGAACGACUCUCUGCAGGCCUUCCUCCAGGACCGCACCCCCUGCGCCUCCCCGGACCUGGGCAAGCACUCGCCCCUGGCGCUGCUGGCCGCCACCUGUAGCCGGAUCGGCCAGCCCGGCGCGGCGGCGGCGGCGGCGGCAGCCCCCGACUUCCUGCAGGUGCCCUACGACCCCGCGCUGGGCUCACCCUCCAGGCUCUUCCACCCGUGGACCGCCGACAUGCCCGCGCACUCGCCAGGCCCCCUGCCGCCCCCGCACCCCAGCCUGGGGCUGACGCCGCAGAAGACGCACCUGCAGCCGACCUUCGGGGCGGCCCACGAGCUCCCGCUCACGCCCCCCGCGGACCCGUCCUACCCCUACGAGUUCUCGCCCGUCAAGAUGCUGCCCUCCAGCAUGGCGACCCUGCCCGCCAGCUGCGCGCCCGCCUACGUGCCCUACGCCGCGCAGGCCGCGCUGCCCCCGGGCUACUCCAACCUGCUGCCCCCGCCGCCGCCUCCGCCGCCGCCCCCCACCUGCCGACAGCUGUCCCCCGCCCCGGCCCCCGAUGACCUCCCCUGGUGGAGCAUCCCGCAGUCGGGCGCGGGGCCCGGGGGCUCCGGGGUAGCAGGGACCAGCCUCUCCAGCGCCUGCGCCGGGGCCCCCCACGCCCCCCGCUUCCCAGCCUCGGCCGCCGCCGCCGCCGCGGCCGCCGCCGCCCUGCAACGGGGCCUGGUGUUGGGCCCGUCGGACUUCGCCCAGUACCAGAGCCAGAUCGCCGCGCUGCUGCAGACCAAGGCCCCCCUGGCGGCCACGGCCAGGAGGUGCCGCCGCUGCCGCUGCCCCAACUGCCAGGCGGCUGGCGGCGCCCCCGAGGCGGAGCCGGGCAAGAAGAAGCAACACGUGUGUCACGUGCCGGGCUGCGGCAAGGUCUACGGCAAGACGUCGCACCUGAAGGCGCACCUGCGCUGGCACACGGGCGAGAGGCCCUUCGUGUGCAGCUGGCUCUUCUGCGGCAAGAGCUUCACGCGCUCCGACGAGCUGCAGCGGCACCUGCGGACUCACACCGGCGAGAAGCGCUUCGCCUGCCCCGAGUGCGGCAAGCGCUUCAUGCGCAGCGACCACCUCGCCAAGCACGUGAAGACGCACCAAAACAAGAAGCUCAAGGUCGCGGAGGCCGGGGUGAAGCGGGAGAACCCGCGGGACCUCUGAGCGCGCCGCCCGGGGCAUCCUUCUCAGCACCUUCGCUGGCAGGCCCGGGAACUUGGCCGUCGAGGCGGCUGGCAGGGAGGAAACUUUAAAAAGGAACUUUUUAUCGUCCUCCUCCCGAGGGGAGGCCCUGCAGCAGAGCCCUAGAGCCGAGGGCAGGGCAGGGCUGGGCUGGGACCCGGGUCCUGGUUGAGAACCCUGAGUUACCCCAGGACGGUUCCAGAGUCUGAGCCAUCAGCCAUCGCCCGUCCAGGAGAGCUACAGUCGGGUUUCUACCCCCGGGGCUGUCCUCGCUUGUAGGAGUCGCUGCUGCAGGAAAACUUCGGGAGAUUUAAAACAGGGCUUGAGUUUUCCCCGCUAGGUCCGGUUCGGACUCUGUACAGGUUAUUUAAUAAUAGCUUUGUUAAAGAGUAAUAUUAUAAUUAUAACAUUAAUAAAUGUUUCUGUUGUUCCCAGCUCCACACAGAGCUACAGCAUGGUAUGUUUCUGUAAAGCGGUCAGCAGUUGCAGCGUGAAAAUAAACACGGUCAUUCCAGGGCCUCCUGGGGAAGACCCCCGCAGA